AUGUCGGCCACUGCGAAGACAUGGCCUUCGGGUGUGAGCCCUCCUCUUACGACGGAUAAUGACCAUAACCAUAGUGGACUGGUUGUUGUUAUGACCGCAUUCAACUUGUGUCUGAUUUUGUUUUCUCUCGCGGCGCGCACUUUCUCUUCGUACCAUAGGAAUAGGCUGCAGCGAGAUGAUUACACUUUUGGGGCUCUCGUGCUUGCAGCGAUUGUCCAGAUUGUAAUCGUGUUUUGCCAGGUUCACUAUGGGUGGGGAACUCCGAUCGAUGGUAUCGAGGCCGCGAAGAAAGAGCAAAUGUUAAAGAUGGUAUAUGCUGCCGAUAUUUUCUCUGUUGUUGUGCUCGGGCUUUCAAAGAUGACAGCCUGCAUAUUCUAUGAGGGCCUAUUCUCCCAGAUACAACGACGAAUUUCCUACGUGAUGCUUCCGGCAAUGGUCGCGUGGACAAUAAUAUCCGUGUUUCUGUUGGGAAUUCGGUGUUCUUCUAAUCCCUGGUCUGAGAUCAGUGCCGCCGAGUGCAGUGGAUUGCGUCCCCGCUGGGAAGUCAUUACAGCCCUCGACAUUGCCACCGAGAUUUUACUUCUUGUAUAUGCGGCAAUUGCAAUCCAUCAAGUCAGGAUCUCGACAAAGAAAAAGAUCGUCGUGUUGUGCGCUCUCGAGAGUCGGAUUUUGCUCAUCCCAAUCGCCGCGGUUCGCCUACAUUACGUCCUAGUCCAACUCUCCUCUCAAGAUCCAACUCUCCUCGGGUCCUUUGCUACGGUCUCAACGGAGAUGUACAUAGGGCUGAGUGCCACCUGCCUCUUGACGGCCUUCCUCAAGUCCUUCAUUGCAGUCUACGAGGAUGAUAUGGGGAUAACAUAUAGGCGGGGGCCGUCGAAGUCCGAUUCUCGAUCGAGAGCUGCGCCGAACUAUACACUCUCCAGCGGGUUCUCCCGUAGUGCGAGAACAGAGCGAGGAGUAAAGGGUUGGGAGCGAGAAGAUGACCCGAUCGUGGAAUCAUCCGAGGGUAGUCAAGGGUUACACAUCAUGAAAACUAUAGAUUUAAGCAUUCGAGAUGAGCCUAUAGAGCUAUCGAAUCGAGUGGGGUCUAAAGGUAUCUAA